AUGCUUCUGGGACGCGUUGGCACGCUUCUCCCGAGCUGCAGUGGCAGGGUAGCCACACGACGCUUUCUUGCCAAGAAAGCCGCAGGGGGGGGAGGAGGAGGGAAGAAGGGGAGUGGGACGCCCAAAAAGGGACCGGCGGCGAUAAAAGCCAGAGGGGCGAUGCCGGUGUCGAAGGCUGGAAAGCAAGGCAGCAAAACCGGCAAAACCGGCGGCGCAGCAGCAAGAGAAGCAGCGGCGACAACAACAAGCACGGCGAAGGCCGCGGCAGCAGAGGCAGCGGCAAGUGUAAAGCCGCCUCCUGUAGGGGGCGGCGGUGGGUUCACGAAGAGCGAGAUGCUUGCCGCAAGGAAGGCCAGAAAAGCUAGCGUCACUGCGAAGACGGCGGCUGCCGCUGCGACUGCGAAAGCGGCCGCGCCUGCCGCGGGAGCGGGAGCCGGCCGGACAGGCGGCGCGGGAGCAGCAGCAAGCGCGGCAGGGGCGGGAGGGGCGAAGGGGCAAGGGAAGUGGGGUUGGGGGACCAAGCUCGUCGCGGGGACGUCGGUGGGGUUGGCGGCGUUGGGGAUCGCUUGGCAGCUGAAGCCUGACGAGAUGAGGAAGCUGCUGGACGACAGUCCCAUCGACCACUUCUUCAUCUGGUUCAUGGGCAAGUGGGCACUGUACUCGAGCCCCGUGAAAGAUAAGCUCCUGCUAGACUGCCCGCUGCCCCCGGGAGCGUUGCCGCCCCCGACGCUUGUGCUGGACCUUGAGGGAACCCUCCUCGGCACCAUCUACACCCGCAAGAAAGGGUGGAGAGUUGCCAAGCGACCAGGCCUGGAUGCGUUCUUGAAGGAGAUGUCGCAGCUGUACGAGAUCGUCGUCUUCACGGACAGCAUGGGGGGCUUGGCGGAUGAGUGGAUCACCCAGAUGGACCCACAGGGGACGAUCAGCCAGAGGGUCUACCGGGACGGCACUAGGUACAUCGACGGCAAGUACGUCAAGGAUCUCUCCGCCCUCAACCGCCCGCUGGAGCAAACGCUCAUUAUCGACGACAACGCCGACUGCAUCUCCAUGCAGCCUGAGAACGCCAUCAAGGUGAAGGCAUUUUCGCUUGAGGAUGGGUCGGAUCCCACCGCGGACACCGCCUUGUACGACUUGGCUCCAUUCCUUAGGGCGUUGGCGACACAGGGGGUUGCCGACUUCCGCGACGUCCUGCGGCCACACGUGGGCGAGGAUUCCAACGCCGUUGUCGCCGACUUCCGCUCCAAGGUGAACGCCGUGAGGCAAAAGGAGGACGCGGAGAAAAGCAAGGGUCUCGGGGGACUGGUGCGGCAGAUCGCCCCGGUCGUCGGCGCCGGGGGCCCCGCAGCUGGGAUGGGGGGUAUGCUGACAAGCAAGGACAUCGUGGGGGACGCGCCGGAGACCCUGUCCCCCGGCAUGGCGGCGGCGGCGGCGGCCACGGCGGGGGGCAAGGGCGGGGGCAAGGGCGGCGGUGGCUCCAAGCCGCUGGCGGAGAAGCAGAAGGGGGGCUUGUGGAAGAGUCUGCAGGAGGGGAACAAGGAGCGAGAGGAAGACUUCAUGAGGAGGAACGAAGCGUUUCAGAGGGUGAUGGAGAAGAGGAUGGCCCGGGAAAAGGCCAAGCGGGACGAACAGGCGCAGCAGCAGUAGAUGCAGUCUCUUGAAAAUUCGUAUGAUACUGAGUUUGUAGUGUAACCCGUUCCGUAGAGGCAUCCACAUGGUAGUCUAAAUAGGCCGAGGCGAGGAGAUGGCGAGACCGGUGCAGAACGAAUCCUGCUGUUGUUGGUUCUUGACCGGGCCGCUUGACGGGAGGCACAACGGCGUGAAAGCGAAAUGGUUUUUGUUUGUGUCUAGUGGGUGGCAUGAACGAGCCAGUUCGUCGCUAGUGUCAAGGGGUAUUGCUGUGUUCUGGCGUCUCGUUGAACGCGACUACAGGAUAUUUUACCAUG